CCUCGCUAUAUGAUUAAUUGAUUCUCUCUCUCUCUCUAACCGCCGCGAAUAUCUCUAUUCCAUACCUCCCGACCGGGAAGAAGAUAGCUUUUAUAGAGAGAGAGAGAGAGAGAGAGAAUGCAGAGCCUGAAACGUCUGCCGGCCUCUGAAAUCCUCCGGCUUUCGAUUUCAAGAUCUCUUCUCAAUCUCCCGUCCAAAUCCUCCAAACCCUCAUUUUUCUCUUUUACUUCUUCUUACUCCUCCGACAGCAAUUUCCCGAAGAAGGACGGAGAAGAUGAAUGGAACAACGCCUGGGAGUCGGCAUGGCUCCCAGAAGAUCUCGCUGCUGCGAAGAACCGCGCUCAUUGGGAGAUCGACGUUAACUUCUCCAAGGAGACCGUCGUCCUCUCCCCUGAUGUCGACCCUGAUACCAAGGCCUUCGUCCAGGACAUGGACGAGAACUGGAACCAGAGGAGAGGUGCGGCUCUCAAGAAGCUUCCUAUGAGAGGAGGAGAAGGAAGGGAUAUUGUCGAACGGGCGGCGGGCGGCGGAGAGAAGGAGAGCCUGGAGAGCAUGAAGAAGGAUUACAGGCUGAAGAAGCAGAGGAUUCAUGCUGGGCUGUGGAUGAAGGAGAUCGAGAAAGAAGAAGAGGCCAGUUUGGGGAAUUUGAGCGGUGGUGCAGAUAUUGAGAGAUUGCUCGACAGUUGCUCGGAGAUUUUCGAUACAAGCAGUAGUGAACUGAAUGACUGGAAGGUUCCUAGCUCUUCUGAGUUCAAAACUAAGCCUGAUGGGUGGGAAACAACAUCCAAAGCUCAAGAUGGGAGUGUCUGGGAGAUGUCACAAAGGGAGGAAGACAUCCUUCUCCAAGAAUUUGAGCGACGAAUUGCUUUCAGCAAAUUCCAGAUUGCUAGUUUCAUCAAGUCUCACAUAUUUAGCCGGAGGAGACCCAUUGAUGGAUGGAAAUACAUGAUAGAAGAGUUAGGCCCAAAUGCCAAAAGAGGGAAAGGAAGCACUUUGAGAUUGCCUAGUCUAUCAGAUGCAUCAACCCAACCUUUCAAGGAGGAGAAGACAUCAACAGGCCGCAGAGAUAUCUCCCCUCACAAAAGGAGGUCACAUGGGGUGACCUAUCAUUGGUCUGAGUCAUUCAUACAUCUAGGAGCCAGCCAUGGUGUAAAAAUCAUGCCAAUCGGAUGAUCCUAAGCUUCCCAUCAAGAGCAUGGAAAAUGGACAGCCAUGAUUGAGUGGAGAAACAAAAUAGCUCCAAUCAUCAUCUUGAAACAUCUACUGAUAAAUCC